UAAACCUAUGGAUGCUUGUCUGUUGGGCGAAGAGCGCAAACCAAACCAGAACCGUGGAAACCAAAGCCACACCCCAUUUCAUUGAUUGGUAUCCGUUUGUUCUCGCUCCAAAAUCCAUUUUGUUUCGAAAUCUUCAAUUCCUUUCGAAAUUGAUCGUAUUGGCAGUUGUUGGAUCGGUUCUCUUCGUUUCUGGACUCAAAAUUCGUCCGACUUUGCGCGUUUUCUGUGCCCUAAUUCGCAGUUGUCGAGUUGUGUAUUUUGGUCCAACGACAGGUCGGUGUGCACCUUGAAGAAUUUUAGGGUUUUGAGGGUUUUGAGUUUCUGGUUUGGUGGGCUGAAUGGAUUCGGAAGACGAUAUGCACGACGCGAACGAUGUGGAAUCCCUCGAUGAUUUCUACAGUGGUGAGACGGCGAUGGCGAGUGACGAUGAUGAUGGGGAUUACGAUUUUAAUGAUACGGAUGAUUCGGAUGACACCACAUCGCAUCGGCAGCAGCAAAACUAUACUAUUUUGAAUGAGGAUGAUAUACAUCAGCGUCAGGAGGAAGAUAUAUCAGUAAUAUCUACUGUGCUUUCUAUACCAAAAGUUUCAGCUAGCAUUCUGCUCCGUCACUAUAACUGGAGUGUCAGCAAAGUGCAUGAUGCAUGGUUUGCAGAUGAGGAAAAAGUACGAAAGGCAGUUGGCUUGCUGGAGAAACCAGUGGUUCACAUUCCUAAAAAUGUUAGAGAACUGACUUGUGGAAUCUGUUUUGAGAUGUAUCCUCGUGAUAGGAUGCAUGCUGCUGCUUGUGGUCAUCCAUUUUGUAGCACAUGUUGGACAGGUUAUAUUAGCACCUCAAUUAAUGAUGGUCCUGGAUGUUUGAUGUUGCGAUGUCCUGAUCCAUCUUGUGGUGCUGCUGUUGGUCAAGAUAUGAUCAACAUUUUGGCACCUAAUGAAGAUAAGGAGAAAUAUUCCCGUUACCUACUUAGAUCUUAUAUUGAAGACAAUAGAAAGACCAAAUGGUGUCCUGCACCAGGCUGUGAUUAUGCUGUAGAUUUUGUUGUUGGUAGUGGGAGUUACGAUGUUAUGUGCAAAUGUUCAUAUGGCUUUUGUUGGAAUUGUACUGAGGAAGCUCACCGUCCAGUGGACUGUGGCACUGUAGCCAAGUGGAUUCUGAAGAAUAGUGCUGAAUCUGAAAAUAUGAAUUGGAUAUUAGCUAACUCCAAGCCUUGCCCUAAGUGCAAGCGUCCUAUUGAGAAGAAUCAAGGUUGUAUGCAUAUCACAUGCACACCUCCUUGUAAAUUUGAGUUCUGCUGGCUGUGCCUCGGUGCAUGGUCAGAUCAUGGUGAGAGGACAGGUGGUUUCUAUGCAUGUAAUCGGUAUGAGACGGCAAAGCAAGAGGGAGCGUAUGAUGAAACUGAAAGAAGAAGAGAGAUGGCUAAGAAUUCCUUGGAGAGAUACACUCAUUAUUAUGAACGAUGGGCAACCAAUCAGUCAUCGAGGCAAAAGGCUCUUGCAGAUUUGCAGCAAAUGCAAGCUGUGCAGAUUGAGAAGCUAAGCGAUAAACAAUCUCAACCAGAAUCACAGCUUAAAUUCAUAACAGAGGCUUGGUUACAGAUAGUCGAAUGUAGGCGAGUGCUCAAGUGGACUUAUGCCUAUGGAUAUUACCUACCUGAACAUGAAAAUGCUAAAAGGCAGUUCUUUGAGUAUCUGCAAGGAGAGGCUGAAUCUGGGUUAGAACGGCUUCAUCAAUGUGCUGAGAAGGAAUUGCAAGUUUAUCUGAAUGCAGAGGGCCCAUCAGAAGAUUUCAAUGAAUUCCGUACAAAGCUUGCUGGACUAACCAGUGUAACUCGGAAUUACUUCGAGAACCUGGUACGGGCACUGGAGAAUGGGUUGUCAGAUGUGGAUUCCCAUGCUGCUUGCAGCAGAACAGCAAGCUCAAAGAGUUUAGGAGGCAAGGGAAGGGGAGGGAGAGGCAAAGGAACAACAUCCCGAGGUCCCAGUCGAUUGGAUGAUUCAGGUCACUGGUCCUGUGAGCAUUGCACCUAUGCCAAUAUUAAAUCUGCAGACACUUGUCAGAUGUGCCACCAGCACCGUGGUUGAACUGCUCUGCUGCGAGGAUGGUAUUACUCGGUCAGACAACUAUGAGGCUCUCAAGUCUUGGUAUAGGGAAAGAAGUAUACGGGGAAGGAAAGAAACCAGCCAAGCAUUCUCGUGGUUGUGGACUUGUAGUGGUAAAAUUUUAGUAAGAUAUCUUACUAAAAGUUAAUUGUAUAUAAUGAUUUCUCUCUCUUAGUGCUUGAAGUGGUUGUGUGAACUAAUCAUAAUAUAAUAGGCAGACAACAUUGGCAGAUGGCCAAUGCCAUUUGCAUCUUUCUGCACAUAUUCAGUAGAAAAAAAUCUGUAACCUGUUGAAGAACUUAACGAUGGAAUGUAAAUGGACUUGAUCCCUUACCGGA